AGAGUUGGACAAUGGCAGCCUUUCGCUCCAAAACUCUUCUGUUCGCUUUGCUGACAGUUGUUCUAUUGGUUUGCACCCGUGGUGAGAGUUAUGACUUCAAAGACGAAGCAGAAGGUUUACCAUCGGAAAACGAAUGGUCGAAUAUUGACGAAGAGUACCAAGAAGAUCAUAUACGAGUGACACCAAGUUUGAUUCAACCAUCACGGACAGCAGCAGGCGUUCAGCAAACUCCAACACCACGAGCAACGCCUACUUUGGGCUUUAGCACAACACGAAGGCUCAGGUUUCGAAGGUUCAGAUCAAGACGAGCAACGUCAAGAAGAAUAACAAGAAUAACAAGACCACCAAGACCCACAAGAAGGCCAAGACCUACUUUCCGGCCGAGUGUUUGUCCAUUUGACUGUGGUCUAACGUGCGUGGUUCCUAGGCGAACGAUCUUCCAGCAAAGUUAUGUUUGUGUUUUACCAAUCUAUACUGGUUGUCAACGGUGCUGCGCAACAUAUGCUUCAUGUCGUAGAUCAAAUAUUCCUCAAUGGAUAUGUUACCAACGGGCAUUGGAUUGUGUUUGUGGUUACAGAUCACGUUAUAGAAAUAUAGAUGCUAUGGGCGUAGAUGUAUCGGGAAAUUAUUAGGCUAAAUAUCUUUUGAACUGCGUGCAUACAUAACUAAUAUUCAUGCAUUUAUAUAGUCACUGGGAACUUCUAGAAUUCUUUUUGCAAUAAAUGAUAAAGUGUUAAAAUAAUAAACAUGCAGAAAA